AUGUCGUCCUCCGAUUCUCGUGCCGUUGCUCCUCAAGGCGGCAUCCUCGAGGGAGGUAAUCCGUCAGAAUACGAUCCCAAAAACCCCAUCGUCAUAUUUAUCAUCCAGGCCUCCAUCAUCAUUGUCUUCUGCCGGUUGCUGCACUGGCCCCUCUCAAAGAUCCGUCAGCCGCGAGUCAUCGCAGAGGUCAUCGCAGGCGUGCUGUUGGGUCCCUCUGUAUUUGGCCGCAUUCCCGGCUUUACCGAAGCGAUCUUCCCCACGGAAUCACUUCCGAACCUGAAUCUCGUGGCCAAUCUGGGGCUGGUCCUAUUUCUGUUCCUGGUCGGCCUCGAGACGGACCUGCGCUUUUUGGUCAGUAAUUGGCGCGUGGCGGUCAGCGUCUCCGCCGCGGGAAUGGUCUUACCGUUUGGUUUGGGCUGCGCCAUCUCCUACGGUCUUUACAACUCCUUUCGCAAUGAACCCGACACGGUUCCGAUCAAUUUUGGCACCUACCUGCUGUUCAUUGGUAUCGCCAUGGCUAUCACGGCGUUUCCCGUGCUCUGCCGCAUAUUGACCGAGCUCAAGCUUCUGAGUACCAAUGUCGGAGUCAUCGUGCUGUCCGCAGGCGUGGGCAAUGACGUCGUGGGAUGGGUGCUCCUAGCCCUCUGCGUGGCUCUGGUGAACGCGGGAACCGGACUGACAGCCCUGUGGGUGUUCUUGGUCUGUGUCGGCUACGUAUUAUUUCUGUCGUUCAUUUUCCGCCCGGUUUUCUUGCGCUUCCUGCAGAGGACGGGAAGCUUGCAGAAGGGGCCUAGCCAAUCCGUCGUGGCGCUGACAUUGAUGAUCGCACUCGCCUCGGCAUUCUUCACCCAAGUCAUCGGCGUCCACGCCAUUUUUGGCGGUUUCCUGAUUGGUCUGCUGUGCCCGCACGAGGGAGGCUUCGCCAUCAAAUUGACUGAAAAGAUCGAAGACCUCGUAGCGGCCUUGUUCUUACCACUUUAUUUCACGCUUUCGGGGUUGCAAACCAACCUGGGACUGCUGGACAGCGGCCACGUGUGGGGCUACGUUGUGGGGGUGAUCGCGAUUGCCUUUAUUGCCAAGGUCGCCGGCGGUGCGGCUGCGUCGCGACUGUGUGGGCUGCUUUGGCGGGAGAGCUUUGCCAUAGGGGUGUUGAUGAGUUGCAAGGGUUUAGUCGAGCUUAUUGUUUUGAACAUUGGACUGCAAGCCAAGAUUCUGAGCACGCGGACAUUCACCAUGUUCGUCGUCAUGGCCCUUGUAACCACGUUCGCAACCACUCCGUUGACGGUCGCUCUGUAUCCGAAAUGGUACCAGAUCAAAGUCGAACGAUGGCGUCGCGGGGAAAUUGACUGGGACGGCAACCCCCUUCAAAGCGACUCACGCAACAAUAGCGUCACCGCGGCCAAAGACCAACUGAAAACGAAUGCCGCGCGGAAAUUGCUCGUGUACCUGCGACUCGACGGCCUGUCCAGCAUCUGCACCCUGGCUGCGCUGCUGGGACCCAGCCGCCUCGACCAGCCACCCACCCCCAAAGUUCAUCCCGAGAAGAAGCAGACGUUGUCACCCAGUCCCGAUGCGGAAGAGUCGGUUGCGGUGCAGGCGGAGGCAGAGCCCGCCUUGCAGGUGCACGGCGUGCGAUUGAUGGAAUUGACGGAUCGCGACUCGAGCGUGAUGAAGGUGUCGGAGAUUGACGAAUACACGCUGUGGGACCCCGUCGUCAACACGUUCCGAGCCUUUGGGCAGUGGCACGACAUUUCGAUUAUCGCGGGGGUGGCCGUCAUCCCCGAGUACUCGUACGCAGACACGGUUGUAGGCAUGGCACGGGAAGAAUCAACCGACCUGCUACUGCUCCCAUGGAGCGAAACUGGCACGAUGAGCGAGCACCAGAGCGGGCUGGGCAUCAACGAAGCCAGCAGAUUUGCCAACGGACCAUACACUGAAUUUGCGUCCAACGUUCUGAACCAGACAACGUGUAACGUCGGUGUCCUCAUCGAGCGCAGCACAUACACCCGCCGCCCCACACUCGCCGGCAAGCGAUCCAUCAGCGCCAUGAGUGUGCGCAGCUCCGUCUGGGACCGCCCCCCUGCCGCCGCACGGUCGCAUCACAUCGUGCUACCCUUCCUAGGCGGCGAGGAUGACCGUUACGCAUUGCGCUUCGUGCUGCAACUCGCACAAAACGACCAGGUAACAGCCACUAUCGUUCAUAUAGACGUAGCCCGUCAGCGACCGUCAUCCAUCGAUUCCACAUCCGGACCAAGCGAUGGCAGCAAAGAAAGCCCCAAGUCAUCCGCAACACAAGGUGUUAUAGCCACCGCAGAGGUCGAGUCGUCUGAUGCCACAUUCUUCACGACCCUGCGGGAUUCGCUGCCGGAACUCCUUGCGUCUCGCGUCGUCUUUAAGCGUGUGGCGCCCACCACAUCCGACACCGACGUCGUCAAGUUCACCACUACUACCGUAAAAGACGAACUCGGCCAGUCUCCCCACAAAGCUGGAAACCUGGUGGUCGUGGGCCGCCGGAAUAAUCGGGUCAAUGGAGCGUCGGGACAGGGUUCGCAGGAGGAGAUUGGCGCGAUUACGGGACAGGCGUUGGGCGCGAUGGCACAGGCGAUGGUGCAGACGGAGAAUCGGAUCGUUGGUAAUAUUUUGGUUCUACAGGCUGGGCAGCCAGGCGAGGAUCGAUAG